UGACACCUACGGCUCAGUAUACAUCUUCUUUCCGUCGCGUGCGAGCGUGAUUAUUUCUAGUUUCUUGUUUUCGUUCGAUUUACUGUUUUCUUUUCUGUUACCAAUCAACCGGCAGGACCCAAAACAGAGCUCUCGGCGGUGAAUGUGUACUAUUGAUCGGAUAUCGCUCAUGUGUAGUCACCUCGCAAUGCUGCAAAUGGCGCAUUCCGUCGCUUCAACCAGACGUUAUGUGCAGUGAAUAGUUGUGUGAGGAUUUUUUUUUGUUUUAUCAUUUGAUAAUCUGCUCAGUUCGUAAUCAGUGCUCCUCGGCCUCGGGCAGCCCUUGUUUGUGCCGAAAAAUAUAAUCUCCUCAACUUCGAGCUGCCACCGUUUUCCAUGCCCCAUAAUUCACCAUAGUUAUCAUCAUCCCGUCGUUUGUUACCCAACAACAUCAGCAAAUUCUGUCAGAUGUUGAACCGCAUGUUACGGCAAAGGGACGCACGCCACUUCAAUCCUGUUGAGUUCGUGGAUUCUUUGUUUGCAGCCGUUCGGCCGGCUAUGUUAUUGUUUAUCACCCUACAGACACGUAAAAGACUGUAACGACCGGCUCGUGCAAUUUGAUACACACUUCUGGCGCGCCGGAAAGGAAAAUCUACAGCAGUGCGCUCCCGCCGCCAGCAAGGUGGCAACAUGCAACGUCAGCUAUGAACAUAUGAAGCACUGGAGCUGAAAAAAGGGCGGACGCUGGUGUAAUAUCAACAAACAAACAGUGCUCGCCGCACGCCACACGCUAGCUGCUGGGAGGUUCGCGAGCUCUAAUGUGCGAUUUCCACCUUUUUAUCGGAUAGUCUGAAGCGUCGGAAGUGCGGAACGCACACACAAAACACCCCAAAUCAACCCCUCGCGAAAGGAGAGGUGACGGAGAGCAGGAGGAGAGCACGCCGUGCUAGAAACUCGGGAAACAUCCUCGCCGGCGUGGAAGCCCGGUCACUGGUUGCAGGAUGAAGUUCGCGGAACAUCUAUCCGCCCACAUUACUCCGGAAUGGCGGAAACAGUACAUCAACUACGAGGAAAUGAAAGCGAUGCUCUACACAGCCAACGAGGAAGCACCGGCGCUGGACAGUGUCGAGGAGGACGUGCGCAAGCGGCAUUUUGCAAACUUUGAUGAAAAUUUCUACCAUUACUGUGAUCAGGAGCUGAAGAAGAUCAACACGUUCUACUCGGAGAAGUUGGCGGAGGCGACGCGCAAGUAUGCCGCCCUCAUCACCCAGCUCCGCACCACGCUCGAAAGCCAGCAGAAGAGCAAAAGCAAAGGCCACAGUCACAAGCCGAUCAACUUGCCGUACCGGAAGGCGCAGGAGCUGAAGCUCGCGUUCAGCGAGUUCUACCUGAGCCUGAUUCUGCUGCAGAACUACCAGAACCUCAACCAUACGGGCUUCCGGAAGAUUCUGAAGAAGCACGACAAGAUCCUCGCCUCGGACAAUGGCGCACGGUAUCAGAAGGAGCACGUCGAGAUGAGCCAUUUCUUCAUCAACAAGGACAUUGACAAGCUGAUCAACGACACCGAGUCGACGGUGACGUCGCAGUUGGAGGGUGGCGACCGGCAGCGGGCCAUGAAGCGGUUGCGUGUGCCGCCCCUCGGCGAACAGCAGAGCCCGUGGACGACCUUCAAGGUGGGCCUGUUCAGUGGCAGCUUCGUGGUGCUGUUCGUCGCCGUCAUCCUGUCCGCCGUGUUCCACGACAGUGCCACCGGGGAGAACCUCAAGAUUGCAUUCCGGCUCUACCGCGGUCCGCUGCUGCUGAUUGAGUUCGUGUUUCUCAUCGGCGUCAACAUCUACGGUUGGCGCUCGUCCGGUGUCAACCAUGUGCUCAUAUUCGAGCUCGACCCGCGCAACCAUCUGUCCGAGCAGCACCUGAUGGAGAUGGCCGCCAUCUUCGGCGUGGUGUGGACGCUCAGUCUGCUGAGCUUCCUGUACAGCGCCAGCCUGAGCAUACCACCGUACGUGAACCCGCUGCUGCUGACCGUAAUUAUGAUCGCGUUUCUGAUAAACCCGCUGCGCGUGUUUCGCUACGAGGCGCGCUUCUGGCUGCUGCGGACUAUCGGGCGCAUGGUGGCCGCACCGUUUUUUCACGUCGGAUUCGCCGAUUUCUGGCUGGCGGAUCAGCUGAACAGCCUCGUGACGGCACUGCUGGACUUUCAGUUCCUCACCUGUUUUUACGUUACCAACGGCAACUGGCUGGAGGCAGGGAACACCCGGCAGUGUAUGGAAGAAAGUUACAUCAUUCGCCCGCUAGUGAACUGCUUACCCGCUUGGUUUCGAUUUGCUCAAUGUCUUCGGCGUUACCGUGACUCCCGGGAAGCUUUCCCGCAUCUGGUCAACGCCGGCAAGUACGCCACUACGUUUUGCGUUGUAAUCUUUGCCACACUUCGGUCUGCUCAUGCCUCCAAGUACGAGGAUGCGUCUGAGAAUGUUUUCUUAUGGCUGUGGCUUUUGAGCUCCGCCGUGUCGUCCUGCUACGCGUACACUUGGGACAUCAAAAUGGAUUGGGGGUUGUUCGAUAAAAACGCCGGCGAAAACACUUUCCUACGGGAGGAGAUAGUCUAUUCGAUGCCAUUUUUCUAUUAUUUUGCCAUCAUCGAAGAUUUGGUGCUGCGCUUUGUUUGGAUUGUUUCCUAUGCGCUGACGGAAAACGGUUUGGUCAGCGGCGACCUGAUGACGUCCAUACUGGCCCCGCUCGAGGUGUUCCGCCGUUUCGUGUGGAACUUUUUCCGUCUCGAGAACGAGCACCUCAACAACUGCGGCAAGUUCCGAGCGGUGCGAGAUAUCUCGAUCGCUCCGAUCGAUUCCAACGAUCAGGUGAUCAUACUCAAGAUGAUGGACGACGAGGAUGGUGUUGUCAAUCGGUACAACAAGAAUAACCGACCGAAGCCAAAAAAGAUGAAAGAUGAUCGAAGACCGUUACUUCCGGCGUUCAAAGGACCACUGCACGAAACGCCGGCCGAUCCAGGUGCCACGAAGAAUGUCUAAUGCGUCGCUUCUCGACAUCCGUUUGCCGUGCCGAAUGAUUCCAGGGACGCGCACGCCCGUGUGUUGUUCCAAGCGGUAUUUCUCAAAGUUAAACUGCGUUGCCGAGGACCUUUUUGGACCUGGAGUACAAAGCGAACGCAUAGACGAUAGAGUUUUACGAAUCCAUAACCGGCUUGUACUUAUUGUUUUUUUUUUUUAUCGAAAGUCUACAUUUGAUCUUGCUUGUUCAGUUUUUAAACAUUUGAUUUCUUUGGUGCGCAUUACCGUAACGCAUGUUACUUAAAAUAACACUUACAAGGCGACAUUCCCCAAUCAUCUAGCGUGGUAUCGGUUUGGUUACAAACUCGGUUAACCCCAAGCAAACGCCAGCCAAUCUGCUGCAUACCAAUACUUUUCUUUCUUGCAACUGCGAUUAUCACGCAAGUUUUGUGUAGAACUUUAUAACGAUAUUUUUAAGCACAAUUAUUGGAAAAACAGUUGGAGGUUUGUUUCUGCGUACAGUUCGUGAGCCGAUAGAAAAAAGUCUUUGAUUGGAAAAAACACACAAUGACGUACCACUCAGUAAGUAAGUUAAUGUAAAGAAAAUUGCUGUAACAAACAAUGCCUUGCGCAACAACAAAAAUUGGGGUUCUUCCAGUUCUUUGCCUUACACGUUGCCUUUUUUACCAAAUGUACCUUAAAAGUGAGUGCAAUGUUAACACAAAAAAACGGUUAGAUUAUAGUGCAGUGUACUUCCACGGAGCUAGGAGCAUGUUUAUGAAGUGCGCAAAACAAGCUGCGAGAGAUUCGAUUGAUGUAGUUAUUAUAUACCAACGGGGAUGCUUCGUCCCGGAAACGUUUGCCAUAAAACAUUGUUGACGUACGGACUCAUUUCUUUUACUGAAUGGAAUUGGUAUUUAUUUUACGUCGCCUAGAUGGCAGUAUUAUUUAAAAUCUGUUUAAUCACGGCCUGCCUUCUUAAAGAAUUUUCAUUUGCUAUUAACACCUUCGAUUGUUUCCAUAGUUUCUACCUUCAUCAACUUCAACCCCCCCGUUCACGUACGUUUUCAACCCGCCCCGUUCCUAAACAUUUGUCCCGUCGAAUUUUGAUGAAAAGCUGCUACGAAUUGUUUAGUUUUUACUAAAUCCAAUUUACAUUCGAAAGUUACCCGAUUCGAGCAAAUAGAGAGAGAUGAAGAAUUUUGGUCAAAUCAUCGCGUAUGUGAUCUGGAAUGUGAUUAGGGUGGUUUUGUACGUGGUUCUUUUGUAAGCUCAUUCCAGAAUAAAAGUGUAAUAUUUUUAGACCACCGUGUA